CUGCGCUGAAGGGGACUACAGUAUUACUGUGUUGAGGAGAGACUGACAACAGAAAGUAGCUACUGCGCUGAAGGGGGCUACAGUAUUACUGUGUUGAGGAGAGACUGACAACAGAAAGUAGCUACUGCGCUGAAGGGGGCUACAGUAUUACUGUGUUGAGGAGAGACUGACAACAGAAAGUAGCUACUGCGCUGAAGGGGGCUACAGUAUUGCUGUUGAAAAGAGAGUGGUAGCCUACACUAUCCUGUGCUACUGUUGCUAGUACGGCCAUGGGGACCAGGGUCCUGCUUCUCUCCAUCUUAAUGAUUUCUUUCAACUGGUCCAGGGGGGCUGUCAUCACUGGGGCGUGUGAUAGAGAUGUUCAGUGUGGGUUUGGUCUAUGCUGUGCUGUCAGUCUGUGGCUUAGGGGACUGCGGAUGUGUAUACCACGAGGGGAAGAGGGGGAUGAGUGCCACCCCUUCAGUCACAAGGUGCCCUAUCCAGGAAAAAGACAGCAUCACACCUGUCCAUGUCUUCCUCAUUUGGUCUGUACCAGCUACACAGGUAGCACAUACAGGUGUACCAAAGACUUCAAAAACCUAGACUUUUGAUGACAGAGGAGGAAGAAGAGGAGAGAGAAGAAGAGGAGAAAGAUGGGAAACAAUGACAGCAGCACCCUCAGUCACACACCACCUUCACUCUCUUCCCCUUACUUAGUCCCUCAGUCACACACCACCUUCACUCUCUUCCCCUUACUUAGUCCCUCAGUCACACAUCACCUUCACUCUCUUCCCCUUACUUAGUCCCUCAGUCACACACCACCUUCACUCUCUUCCCCUUACUUAGUCCCUCAGUCACACACCACCUUCACUCUCUUCCCCUUACUUAGUCCCUCAGUCACACACCACCUUCACUCUCUUCCCCUUACUUAGUCCCUCAGUCACACACCACCUUCACUCUCUUCCCCUUACUUAGUCCCUCAGUCACACACCACCUUCACUCUCUUCCCCUUACUUAGUCCCUCAGUCACACACCACCUUCACUCUCUUCCCCUUACUUAGUCCCUCAGUCACA